AUGUCGUGGAACCUUCACUGUCUCUUAAACAAAAGAACCUAUUUUCAGAAUCACAUUCUCUUCUUAUAACCAUCUCUCUUUUUCUCUUUCUACCGUCUCCUUCACUUUUCAAGAGGUCCCAUUCUUUUUCACCUUCUCUUGGGCAGUUGGGAGUACACUGUUUCUCUCUGCAAGUGUAGGAUGAGACGUUAGUUCUCCGGAAUACCAAGCAGAAGCAACAGUAAAUAAAGACUAAAAAAAACACAAUGUCUGCACCAGAAUCUCCCAGGCCAGCUCUUGACAAGGUUGACCGUGUUGGAUCAUUGAAGAAGAAGCUGAGGGAUUCCCUCACGAGGAGGAGUAGGCGAAGCAGCAGCAAGGUUAUGUCGGUUGAGAUCGAAGAUGUCCGCGACGCUGAUGAUUUGAAAGCCGUUGAUGAAUUCCGUCAGGCUCUUGUGUUGGAUGAACUUCUCCCAGAGAAGCAUGAUGACUAUCAUAUGUUACUCAGAUUCCUGAGGGCCAGGAAAUUCGAUAUUGAGAAAUCAAAGCAAAUGUGGUCUGAUAUGCUUCAAUGGAGGAAGGAAUUUGGUGCCGACACUAUUGUUCAGGAUUUUGAAUUUGAGGAGCUCGAGGAAGUGUUGCAAUAUUAUCCUCAUGGACAUCAUGGUGUCGAUAAGGAUGGACGACCGGUUUACAUCGAGAGGUUGGGCCAAGUUGAUGCCACCAAGUUGAUGCAAGUCACAACCCUUGAUCGAUAUAUCAAAUACCAUGUCAAGGAAUUUGAAAGGACAUUUGAUCUCAAGUUUGCAGCUUGUUCCAUUGCUGCAAAGAAACACAUAGAUCAAAGCACCACCAUUUUGGAUGUGCAAGGAGUGGGGCUUAAGAACUUCAACAAACAAGCCAGGGAGCUUAUCACGCGCCUUCAGAAGAUCGAUGGUGACAAUUAUCCUGAAACCUUGAAUCGCAUGUUCAUCAUCAAUGCAGGUUCUGGAUUCAGAAUGUUGUGGAACACUGUUAAAUCCUUCCUUGACCCAAAGACCACAGCAAAAAUCCAUGUUCUUGGCAACAAGUACCAAAGCAAAUUGCUUGAAAUGAUUGAUGCAAGUGAAUUGCCAGAGUUUUUAGGAGGUACUUGUACCUGUGCUGAUGAAGGAGGCUGCAUGCGUUCCGAUAAGGGUCCAUGGAAGGACCAAGAAGUUUAUAGGAUGGUUCAGAAUGGCGAGCACAAAUGCUCAAAGAAAUGUGAGGCUCCCAUGGUAGAAGAGAAAACAAUUCCUGAGGAAAGCGCGGCUUCCAAAAUGGAGGCAGUUUUCACUGCACAAUUGUCGUCUGCACAAAUGGCUUCUGCCUUUGCCGCGGCCGCUUCUAUAAAAGGUUGCAAGUACGAGGAUUUUGUCCCUAUGGCUGAUCAAAAUGCAUGGAAGAAGGUCCAAGAAAAUGACAACUUAGCAUUAUCAAAAGUUGGAGUAGAAUCAUUUGCCAUGCCUGAUUCGUGCAAGAUUCACGAAAAAGUGAACUCACAGAUUUUCACCGGCGUGAUGGCCUUUGUGAUGGGAAUUGUAACAAUGGUGAGGAUGACUCGAAGCAUGCCGAAGAAGCUCACCGAUGCAAACUUCUACUCCAAUUCUGUUUACUCCGGUGAUGAUGACAGUAAAGACCAAGACCCUUGUGACCAAAUGACUAGCCCUACCAUAUCUGCUCAAGAAUUCAUGACUGUGAUGAAACGUAUGGCUGAGUUGGAAAACAAAAUGGGUAACAUGAACCAAAAUGCUUCCAUGCCACCUGAGAAGGAGGAAAUGCUUAACGCUGCGAUAAGUCGCGCUGAUGCUCUAGAGCAAGAACUUAUGGCAACUAAGAAGGCUUUAGAGGACUCACUUUCUAAACAAGAGGAGCUUUCGGCUUACAUUGACAAAAAGAAAAAGAAGAAGAAGUUGGUAUUUUGCUUGGGCAUGAACUCAGAAUGAAAUUGGGGUUAAUAAAUGCUUUGGCUUUCCGGAGACUUCCCAAAAUGCCCCCACUCAAAUAUAUAAUGUUCAAAAAACGAACUGAUUAAUAAUAGAUGUAACAAAUGAAAUAUCAUCGUAUAUAUUAAUCUCUGAGAAUGGGACUUGAUGUGAUUGUAUAUAAAAAGCUUAAUGGACAUUGUAUGCAGAAA